AUACUGGCAGCGGAAGCUUAAUUGAAAUUGAAACCGUUUGUUUGCUUUUAAAACGCAAAUACUGUCGGCUGGGAAAACACGAACUUAAUUGCCUAAAAGUACAUGGGAUUUUUCGUGCUUCUGUCUUGAAAAAUAUUGUGCGAUUUUACCAAAAGUUACUUGGAAAAUUUACUAUAUAAAUAUAUUAUAUGUACAUAUAUUUGUAUGAUAUAAAUAUGUGCGUGGCUAUGUGCUGUGUCAGUUUAAUUUAAUUAAUAAAGGACUAGUGGAUCAACUUUUUGCGUACAAGUGCCCUUAAAGAUCUUUGUCUUUGUAAAUAAUUAGAAAAAAUUGUGAAUUAAUUCUGUUUCUUAUCGAAAAGAAGUGCAAAAUAUUUGUGAAAAAUUUUUGAAAUACUAUGAAGAAGUGUUCAUAAGAGAAAAAGGACUAAAUUUGGAAGAGAAAGUCUUUAUGAUUGAAGUGAAAAUGAUUCCGAAGCUGUGGCUUCUUAUUUGCGCGACUCACAUCGUUAUCAUUAAGGGUACCUACGACCCAGCUCUUACUGGUAUAAAGACAAGAAACUACCAUCGAACUUAUCCAAAUGCUGAGCACGAGCCAUAUACCAAUGCGCAGUCGUAUGAACCCAGACCCACUUCCAAUAGUAAUUACAAUGCCGGUUCAGUGAGGUUAUCACCAACUAAUUCAUACCAACACUAUGAUGGGCCUCGCACUGAACAACAGCCCUCACACAGUCACCAACAUCAAACACAAACCGCACAACAAACGGCCUCUUAUCAGCAACGCGAAUUACCGCUAUUUAAUCGCAAUGCACACGUGCGUCACUCAACGCCAACACAGCGCUCGGAGCGCAGAGAGAGCGUUUUGAGCGGCGUAGAGAGCACGACACCAGACUUUGGCAGUGGUUGUCCGCCACAGCAUACAGGGCCGGUGCCGUAUGCUUAUGAUUGCCGGCGUUUUGUCAACUGCUGGCAUGGACGCGGUCACAUACAGAGCUGUGGUCCCGGUACGGUCUUUAAUCCAGAAACUCUUGAAUGCGACCGACCUGACAAAGUUGUUUGUGGUACUGCGCUUACAAAUGGUGAGCGUAGAGAGCAGCAAAUAACUUUGCAUAACGCACCGCAGCAUAACAAAAAUCGCGUUGGGCGUUUAAUAGACGCAAGCACAGAUAGCGUGAGAGAUCUUUGCCCCAACGGCUUCAGUGGAUUGGCGCCUCAUCCAAAUGAUUGCACGAAAUUCUUGAAUUGCGCUAAUGGCAAUACUCACGUACAGAACUGCGGUCCCGGUACUGCGUUCAGCGCUUCGAAGAAGGUGUGCGAUUUUAAGGAAAAAGUUGAUUGCGGUGAUCGCGAGGAGUCGGCUUAUAGAGCAGUGAACAACCGUGAUAGCCGUCAGUAUGAUGAAGUGUUUUGUCCUUCGGGCGCGAGUGGCUUAUACCCACAUCCUUACGAUUGCGCUCGAUUCCUCAAUUGUGCACACGGUCAGAUGGUGGUACAAUCCUGUGGUCCUGGUACAGCAUUUGAUCGAGUAAAGUUGAUAUGCGACUACGUGCAAAAUGUUGACUGUACAACAACAAUUAAAGCCAAAUCCAAUUUAAACUAUGUGGACACAAAUGUUAAACAGAACGCAUUGGGAAGAGGUGAGGAAAAAGAAGAAGGCGAUAUAUUCUGUCCACCCGGCGUGUCUGGACACUUUCCAUAUCCCUUUGAUUACACCAAAUUCAUAAACUGUAAAAAUGGCAACACGGCGAUACAAAACUGUGUGCCGAACACUGCGUACAGCAUAUCGAGGAAUUAUUGUGAAUCCAAGGAGAAUGUGCCGCUCACAGAUCACGUUGCUUACAUAGUGUCCGAAGUACGUUAUGAAUAUUCUCUGACCAUUGUCAGUUGUCCACCAUCCACGGAUGGCCUACAUUUAUACCCUUAUGAUUUUACUAAAUACAUAAGCUGCCAACAAGAACACAUGAGCAUCGUCGCGUGUGCACCGAAAUAUGUAUUUAGUAUAUCUCGCAGAGGAUGUCUGCCCGAAACUCAAGUGAAUAUCGCCGAUCGUGUACGAAAUGCUUGGGAGCUACGACACAACGUCGAAUCAACUGAGACCAGGAAUGCAGCACUAAACUAUAUGAAUGAGUUGCCCGAAUGCCCUCAAGGCCACUCUAGCCUCUAUCCAUACCCUUUUGAUUGUAAAAAAUAUCUGCAAUGCCUUGACGGUAGGCUGUCUAUAGAGACCUGCGAUUCGGGCUAUGUUUUCAGUUUGUCCUCAAAACACUGUGAUCCAAAAGAUUUGGUUGGCAAUUCUGAACAGGUUCCACUAUCGUUUGAUGUUGACCAGAUUAGCACAUCUGAAGGGGAUUACGAUUACUUUAAUAAUAAUCUCGGAGGCAUACAAUUACUUUGUCCGCAAGAUGUAAGCGGCUUCUUUUUAUAUCCCUUCGAUUGUACUAAAUACUUGUAUUGUCGUGAUGGUCAAGGGCAAAUAGAGAACUGCAUUUCUGAUAAAGUAUUCAGUAUAUCGGCUAGGGAAUGUAUAAAUCGUAAUCUGGUAGAGGCAUAUGAUCGCGUGGAAUAUUUCAGUGAGGUUCCGAACGAAUUCUCAACAGAACUGGAGGCAACUAAAAAUCAAUUGUAUGUGCCAAACUGUUCUUUGGGUGCUGACGGACUCUAUCCAUAUCAGAAUGAUAAAACGAAGUAUAUAAAAUGUGUAAAUGGGCGGGCUACCGUUGAGAAUUGCAUAAGUGGAAUGAUUUUCAGUAAAGCCAGAAAAUACUGCGACUAUGAGCCGAAAGUUUACGAAUAUGACAGUGGCAAAAAUGAUUAUGAUACAUUCAAUAAAGACCACUGGGUUCAAGGCACCACACAUGUAAUAAGGGAGGGUAAAAAUGCGAACGAGAACGUAGGCGCGCAAAUUGCAUGCCCUCCAAAUUCUGUGGGAAUGUAUCCACAUCCACAAGAUUGCAGAAAAUUUCUUUCGUGUGCCAAUGGCAUAGUUGAUAUCAAGGACUGUGGUCCAGGUACUGCGUGGAGUGUUGAGAUGGAAGUGUGUGACUUUGAGAAAAAUGUGAAUUGCACGGGACGCACGAAGCUACAUACAACCGCUAAGAGCACAUUUACAGAGGAUAAGGUGGCAUGUCCAUCUAAUGCAAAUGGUUUAUUCUUACAGCCAUUUAAUGCUUAUCAAUACAUUGAGUGUAGAAAUGGCGAAACUAACUUACAAAGUUGUCCACCGGGAAGUGUGUUCAGUAUUUCAAAGAGAUUAUGUCUCUCCGAAGAGCAAGUCAAUACCUUGGAUCAUGUAAUGUGCGUUCAAGAGUAUUUGACGGAUAUAACCCUGCACAAUAAUUACGUCGUCUGUCCGGCACACGCACUUGGUUACUUCAUUUAUCCUUUUGACGGCUUACUAUUUAUUGAAUGCAAGGCCGGUCAUACAAACAUACAGAACUGUGCACCGAAUACGUUCUUCAGCUUAUCAAAUAAGAUUUGUAUACCCUCUACUGAGGGAAGAGACACCGACCAUUUGUGGUUAAGUUCAGUUGGUCAGGUUGGUGAUAAUAGUUUUGGCGUCUACGAUCACAACCGUGAGUGGGGGACUGUAGAUAUGACAGGUGCUGGUACUCACACCCUCAGUCUUGAACAUACCGUUCAAACAGCAUCAUGUCCAUCUGGCGCUUCAGGUCUUUACCCUCAUCCAACGGACUGCACGAAAUAUUUGCGGUGUGCCAAUGGUAUCACUUAUGUAAUGGAUUGUGGUCCUGGUACAGCUUUUAAUGCUGCGCUCGAGGUGUGUGAUUUUACAGACAAAGUUGACUGCUCGUAUAAUAUGGACCUUAAUAAUGUAGCUUUGGGCCAUGACAGAGGUCCCAGCAUUCACCGCAUCACAUGUCCUGAGGGAGCCACUGGUAUAUAUCCCCAUCCUUCGGAUUGCAGAAAGUUUCUUAAUUGCGAUAAUGGCAUAACUAAUAUACAAGAUUGCGGCCCCGGUACUGCCUGGAAUGCAAAACUGGAAACUUGCGACUUUAUAAAGAAUGUCGAUUGUUCAGAUAUUCACAACGUCCCUGAAAGUAAUCCUAACGCAAACUAUCAGCCUCCGACAACACGAUCGAACUACCGGGAUUCAACACAAAUCGGCUGGAGGCAGCAACACCAUGAGCAUGGUAGUUCUUCUCAAAGAACUGCUAACGAUAGACAAGCUUAUGGAAACGGUGUGCCACCGACAUCUACUCAAACGGGCAGUUAUGGAGAUCGUUGGUCUAACAUGGAUGUGCAACGCCCUAUAGCUAGUGACAUAACUUACGGCGGUGUAUAUAGUGGCGAUCGACAACAACGUCUACCUAUGCACGGCAGAGAAUUACAACAGCAUGGCAGUUCAAAUAAUUGGAUCGCUUCCGGCUCUGCAAUUGAUCGGCAAACGCCCACACAAAGCGUCAUCUACGAAGAAGGCUCGCUGCAACCAAAUCGUAAUUAUAAUACUUUCAGCACAUAUACAACUCCUCUAGCACCUUUCAAACCUGAGUCCGUACCUGCUACAUCAGUAAAUAGUAAUACAUUUACGAAUGAGACAACAAACAUUUACUACGCACAACCUGUUGGGUCUGAAGAAAACACGGAGGAAGUAUUUGACGAUUCCAGAAUACCUACACAAUCUUCAAACCAUUUGCCAAUUAAUAAAAAUGAAUUUAAUGUUGCACAAACUUCGAACAAAUGGAUUCCAAUACCGAACCAAGAGCUUUUGCCACCGAAGCGCACUCCUGAGCCGCAAACUGAAGAACAAGAUUUUCCACCACAAAAUAUCUUUACUCCAGCAUCUUAUAUUACACCUCCACCCGGACACGCUCAUAGUUCUACGGCGGACAGUUCGACAUUUGUACCGCAAAACAAAUUUGACUCUUCUAAUCUCUAUGGCGGCUUGCAACCACCACCGCCACCGCCACCAGCUCCCACAAUCCCUCAAAGUCUUUUGUCGCAUGCUUCAAAUCCUGUUCUCAAGUUUGAGCCAUCAAGUCCAACUAAAGGUGGCCCCUCGGGUAGAUCCCUAGACGAAAUCGAACCUAUCCGAGGUUUCAGCACUAAUGCUCGGGGAAAACCGCAUUUGCUUUCUCAUCCUUCAAGCGUAAAUGCUUAUAAAACUGACAUUGUCAUGAGUACACCUGCGACUUACCUUCAGCCGCCUGCAUUGCCCACACCUGCAGCUGCAACUGCAACUAGAUCAUAUUCGACGGCUUCGACUCGUUUAAAGCCUGUACACAACGUGCUAGAGAAUACAACAAUAGCAAUGUUCCCUAAAGAUCCUCACUAUAGUGGUUCAUAUUCAAAUGUUGCGCAUGCAAGUCCACCAAAGUCUGUCGAUUUUGAAGACGUACAGGCUUCUGAAGAUUUACUUAUGGCUGAUGCUUUACGUCUACUUUUGCGUCCCUAUUUUAAUCGUAGCGGCACAAUUUCGGAAGAAAAUGCCGAUAAUGUCGAGGGUCACAUAAUGAAACUCUCACCCAAACUUACUUCACACACAUCCGUCAUAACUUCAUCAACAGAUAAAACUAUCAAAAACUCGCCGGUUGGUGCUGAAAAUGAAAAGGAGGUUGAACUUAUACUUGCAGGUGAACAACAUAGUUUGACCACAGUCCCAACCCAGAAUAGCACUCACGAAACACGUACUGAGCUUUAUUCGAAAAAUACAAGACAAGAGUCGAAGACUAAUUCCAAUUGGCACAAUCACGGACAUAGUCGCGAAUUUCACCGUAAACAUCCAAAUUUGCUUGACCCCUUUAAUGAGGACGACCACACAAGUACUCAUACACAUCAUCGACACAAUCAUAAUAGGGCGUAUCACCAGAGACACCCCGAAAUACCAAAUCCGUUUAUAACACCCGAAGCACCACAGACCACAACCAAUUUUGAGUUGAGUAAUAAUAACCUACCAAAUCCACAUGCAGAGAACACGACUCCAUUCAGUGUGAGACCCAGGAUCGAUGUGAGGAGAGAAGAUAUUAAUUGUCAGUUUGAUUGUGGAAAUGGCAAUUGUGUAAAGUCUCAUGAGGUUUGUAACGGUGUUAAUAAUUGUGGCAAUCGAAAGGAUGAAGAGGAUUGCAAACAUUUGGGUUACGAAGUGCGUCUGGCUGGUGGCGAAAGUUCAAACAUGGGGCGUAUUGAGGUUAAAGUUCUUGGAAAAUGGGGAUACGUGUGUGAUGACAAGUUUGGUCUAAGUGAUGCUGAAGUGGUGUGCCGAGAACUGGGCUUCAAAUUGGGAGCAAGCGAAGUGCGUGGCUUUUCAUAUUACCCACCAACAACGGUGGAUGUAUCAUUUGCGAUGGACGAAGUCGAAUGUCGCGGAAAUGAAACAUCUCUUAAAGAAUGCAACUUUAAAGGUUGGGGAGUUAGCAAUUGUGGACCGGACGAAGUAGUCGGUGUAGUUUGUAAGGUACCGCAACUUAAAUGUCCCAACAACUACUGGCUGUGCAGUACCUCACAAGAGUGCAUACCACCGGCAUUCGUGUGCGACAAUACUCCAGAUUGUGCUGAUAAAUCCGAUGAAAGUGAGACUGUUUGCAAUUCUCCCAUAAAAUAUCGGCUGGAGGGUGGGCGUAGCCCGAAUGAGGGACGGCUCGAAGUACGAUAUCGUGGUGAGUGGGGUACUGUAUGCGAUGAUGAUUUCGGUUUGAAGGAGGCUCGAGUUAUGUGCAACUCAAUGGGUUUCUACGGAACACCGACUAUUGUUAAGAACAAAUAUGGAUCUGGUAGCGGACCCAUUUGGUUGGAUCAGGUAUCUUGCUAUGGCAAUGAGACCACACUCGACCAGUGUGGUCAUUUUACAUGGGGCGAACAUAAUUGCAAUCACACUGAGGAUGUUGGCUUAAAGUGUACACAGGGCGCGCCGCCACGAAAGGAGAUCUCGUCGCCACAGUUGAAUGAUUAUGAAAACACACAGAGAGAGUUGGAUGACACACAACAACAGUUAGAAGAUAUUGGCUUAUACUCCGAACAAUGGGAACGUAAGAGCAAGGCGGUGGGCGAUCAAAGACGUUGCGGCCAAUUCAAAAACAAUCUACUCGAUGAGUUUGCACAUCCGGAGGAGCGUGUUGUGAACGGUAGCAUUGCGAAGCGUGGUCAUCAUCCUUGGCAGGCCACGAUACGCACACGAGGCAGGGGUGGCAUAUCGAGCCAUUGGUGUGGCGCCGUACUAAUUUCCUCCAGACAUUUGUUAACUGCUGCACAUUGUCUUGCUGGCUAUCCAAAAGGCGCCUACCUUGUGCGCAUGGGCGAUCAUUAUGCAAACAUAGCAGAAUCUUCGGAAGUUGAUUCGUUCAUUGAGAACUGGUAUGUACACGAGAAGUUUCGAGAUGGCUCCCAUAUGAACAAUGAUAUUGCCGUGAUUGUGCUGAAGACGCCGGUGAGAUUCAACGAUUACAUUCAACCGGUAUGUCUGCCGAACAAGGGUGCGGCACUGGCAGAGAAUCGUUUGUGCACAAUAUCCGGUUGGGGCUCUAUAAAGUCUGGUGUUUCGACACCCUCAAAUAUCCUUCGUGCAGCGGAACUGCCAAUUUUGUCCGAUGAAGUUUGUAAGCAAAAACAUGUCUACGGCGCAUCUCUCACAGAGGGUAUGUUUUGCGCCGGUUAUAUGGACGAGAGCUCGGAUGCCUGCGAUGGUGACUCUGGAGGUCCGCUGAUUUGUCACGAUGAAGAUGGUGAAACAUUGUAUGGUAUAAUCUCAUGGGGCCAACACUGUGGUUAUGCAAAUAAGCCCGGCGUUUAUGUGCGUGUGGAGAAAUACGUUGAUUGGAUUUUGGAAAAAAUCAAUAUUUCCAUUCAAAAUAAAUUGUAAAAUAGAGAAAUUUAAAAUUUGUAUAUCGUUAUACAUACAUACAUAUAUACUUAUUAGCUUAGAAAUGCUUGAAUAGAUUUGUAAAAUAAAGGGGAAUGUUUAGUUAUUCCAACAUUUAACUA